ACCCUCAGGCCAGGGUCAGUCCAUCUGCAGAGCGGAAGCUCUUAGAGCAGUUUCCAUGAUGUCCAUCCUCCCUGCUCUUCUCUGCCUCGGGCUGAGUCUGGACCAGAGGAUCCACACGCGGUCAGGGACCCUCCCCAAAGCCACCCUCUGGGCUGAGCCAGACUCUGUGAUCCCCUUGGGGAGACCUGUGACCCUGUGGUGCCAGGGUGUCCUGGAAGCCCAGGAGUUCCGUGUGUUUCGUAAUCAAGGGCGUGUGCAUUCAGAGAGACAGAUUCCAGGGAAGCCCAGGGACAAGGUCCAGGUCUCCAUUACCCACAUGACAGAGCAUGAUGCAGGGAGAUAUCGCUGUUACUACAUCGGCCCCAUUGGAUGGUCAGAGUUCAGUGACAUUCUGGAGCUGGUGGUGACAGGAUCCUACAGCAAACCCAGCCUCUCAGCCCUGCCCAGCCCUGUCGUGACCUCAAGAGGGAACAUGACUUUCCAGUGUGGCUCAGGGCAGAAAUUUGACAGGUUCAUUCUGACUAAGGAAGGAGAACACAGGAUCUCCUGGACCCUGGACUCAGAGAAAAAUUCCAGUGGGCUGUCCCAGGCCCUGUUCACUGUGGGCCCCGUGAACUCCAGCCUCAACUGGACAUUCAGAUGUUAUGGCUGUUUUAAGAAAACUCCCUGGCAGUGGUCCGACCCAAGUGACCCCCUGGAUUUACAGUUCUCAGUUUCCCAUCGCCAAGACUACACCGUGGAGAAUCUCGUACGCAUGGGCGUGGCUGGAUUGGUCCUGGUGGUCCUCGGGGUGCUGCUAUUUCAGGCUCAAACCAGCCAGAGUAGGACCCAUGAUGCAGCCAGGAGGCGAACCCAGCAGGAACAAUGGACUGUUGAGUGGGAUCCUUGA